AUGGAGUUUUAAGUUAAAUCACAAACUAACAAUUCUAUUCUUGUCAUGAAAGUUCAAACCAAAUAAACCACUUCAAAAUCUGACAUUUGAUGAGCGAGGAGAAGAAAGAAAAGGAGAGAAGGAAGAAAUAAGAUUAAUGCACGUGUUACACGAGCCAUGGUCCAUAACAUUGCCAAUUGCCAUUGCCCAUUACUCCUUUCCAUCAAGCUUCAUACUUGGAUCAAAUCGUCACUUACUCCCAUUUUUCCCAACCCAUUACGCAAUCACAUUCUGCAAAUCUAGGUCUCUAUUUUACAGAUCUUCUGUCGGGUUUCUUGUAAAUCCACAAGAUGAUUGAUCUGACCAAGAUGAAUCCUGGUGAAAUUAUCCUGCUGGGAUGCGCGUGUAGUGUACUACUCACACUGCAUUUCACAAUACAGCUUCUAUCACAGCAUAUGUAUUACUGGAAGAACCCCAAGGAGCAGAAAGCUAUAAUAAUCAUUAUACUCAUGGCUCCCUUAUACGCUGCUGUCUCUUUCGUUGGUCUGUUGGAUUUUCGUGGCAGCAAGGCAUUUUUCAUGUUUCUGGAAUCAAUCAAGGAAUGUUACGAGGCUUUGGUCAUUGCGAAAUUUAUGGCCUUGAUGUAUAGUUACUUGAAUAUAUCCAUCAGCCAAAAUGCGGUGCCUGAUGAAAUCAAAGGAAGAGAAAUUCACCAUUCAUUUCCAAUGACACUUUUUCAGCCUCGCACCGUACACUUAGAUUUCCGUACAUUGAAGCUUCUGAAGCACUGGACAUGGCAAUUUGUUAUUUUACGCCCAGUAUGCUCCCUUUUGAUGAUAGCUUUGCAGCUUCUCGGGUGGUACACAUCUCCAAUCAGCUGGGUUUUCACUAUCGUCCUCAAUGUCUCCGUAUCUCUGGCUUUAUAUUCUUUGGUGGUCUUUUAUCAUGUUUUUGAUAAGGAACUCGCCCCACACAAGCCGCUUGUUAAGUUCUUGUGCAUUAAGGGGAUCGUCUUCUUCUGCUUUUGGCAGGGAAUUGUACUCGAAAUUCUGGUUGCUGCAGGUAUCAUUCGAUCUCGUUAUUCCUGGUUGGAUGUUGAACAUAUCGAGGAAGGAAUCCAGAAUGUAUUGGUGUGCGUAGAGAUGGUUGUGUUUUCUGUUCUUCAACAAUACGCGUACAGUGUUCAACCUUACAGCGGAGAUGUUGGUAAAUGGAAAGCGAAGAAGAAUGAAUAAGCGCGGAUUAGGUCAUUAUAUGUGUAUUGAUGCCAUAUUCUUAAGUUUUGAAUCCGAUACGCCCUGUUGGACUUCGAUCAUGUUUCAGUUUCGGUAAUAUGCAGAAUAAAACGCCUUCACCGAUGUUGAAAGGUUGCAUCGUAACUAUAAAUGAUCACUUUAAAACUGUAGGUGAUUAUUUUAAGGUUAUAACUAGUCACUUUUAAAUUAUAAAUGAUCAUUAUAUGAUUGUAACUGAACGCUUUAAAUUAGAAGUCAUCACUAUAAAUUUUAUAAGUGAGCACUUUAUUUAUAAGUUAUUAAUUUAAGACUAUAAAAUAUGUCUAAUUUAAAA